GAGGAAGGAAGGGAAAGAGGAGGAGGAGGAGGAGAAAGAUCCGGAGAAAAAAGUUUGAAAGGAAACAGAGAGACGUUUCAGUGGCCGGUUUAUUAGUAGAGAAGGAAGGUUAGAAAGUGAAGGCACAGACUGGUUUUGUUUGUGUCUCUCUGUGUGUGGAUUUUACCUCUGGGCUGGAUUAGAUGAGUGAGACUUCACGAUGAGGAGCGACCCUGUUCUGUUCACUUCCAGCAGGGCGAUGGAGGAGCUGGUGGGUGAGCUUCGUCUGUUCCUGGACCUGUUGGACAGGGAGUAUCUGAGCGCCGGGGUACGGGAAAAGAAGAUCCACCUCUCCAACAUCCUCCACAGAGUGCUCUCAGAUAAAGAGCCUUCGUUCAAGUCGGAGAUCCACAGCGGUCUGCCGGCCCCGCCUCAGAUGCCCCUCCCUGAGAUCCCUCAACCCUGGCUGCCUCCGAACAGCGGCCCUCCUCCUCUGCCCAGCUCCUCUCUACCGGAGGGUUACUACGAGGAAGCAGUUCCUUUAAGUCCUGGAAAGGCUCCUGAAUACAUCACUGCCAACUAUGACUCGGACGCCAUGAGCAGCUCCUAUGAGUCGUACGACGAGGAAGAGGAGGACGGGAAGGGCCAGAAGAUGCGUCACCAGUGGCCGUCUGCAGAGGCCUCCAUGGAUCUUGUGAAGGAUUCUCGAAUCUGUGCAUUCCUGCUGCGCAAGAAGCGCUUUGGCCAGUGGACCAAACUCCUCUGUGUCAUCAAAGAUAACAAACUGCUGUGUUACAAGUCCUCCAAAGACCACACCCCCCAGAUGGAGCUGACCCUGUCGGGCUGCAGCAUCACUCACAUCCCCAAAGAUGGCAAGAAGAAGAAGCACGAACUGAAGAUCGUCCACCAGGGGGCCGAUGCCCUGGUGCUGGCUGUGCACAGCAAAGAACAGGCCGAGGAGUGGCUCAAGGUGAUGAGAGAGGUGUGUGCUAAUGGCUGUGUGGACUUGGAUAGAGCUGGAUCUGGAUCACCGGUGCACAAACCCGAGCUGGAAAAGAAGUCAUCGUGUGACAGGCCGAGCUCCGACGGCGAAGCGCCUCAUGAGAACGGACACGGCGACUGCAAGGACCAAGGAAAAGGAAAGAAGAACUCAAAGGCAGAGCAGAAGACUGGGACGGUGGGGAAGGGAGCAGGGAAGAAGAUCACAAAAAUCAUUGGUCUGGGUAAGAAGAAGCCGUCCACAGAUGAGCAGACCUCGUCAGCAGAAGAAGACGUACCCACAUGUGGCUACCUGAACGUGUUGUCCAAUAACCGUUGGCGGGAGCGCUGGUGCCGCCUGAAAGACAACCAGCUGCUCCUCCACAAGGACCGCGACGACCUGAAGAGCCACAUCGCCUCGCUGCCCCUUCGAGGCUGCGAGGUCAGCCCCGGCCUCGAUCACAAACACCCUUUUGCCUUCCGUCUGCUCCGUAACGGCCAGGAGGUGGCUGUACUGGAGGCCUCCUCCUCUGAGGAGAUGGGUCGUUGGUUGGGGAUUUUAUUGGCUGAGACCGGCUCCACCACCGACCCCGCCACCCUGCACUACGACUACAUCGACGUUGAGACCACCGCCAAUGUCAUCCAGCUGGCCAAGCAGUCCUUCUGUUUCACCAGUAAGCGUGCUGUCUCUCCUAACCCGUACCUGGACAACCCAGUCAACGGCUACGCCUGCCCCACUGGUAUGGCUCUGCACUACGACGAUGUGCCCAUUAACGGAACGGAAGUGCAGUACUCCAGUCCCAGCACAGGGGGGUGCCAGCUGAAAGAGGAGAUGCAUUAUGAGAACGCUGACCUCUAUGAGAACAUGCCCUCGCCCAAGCUGGACACUCGCCGUCCUCCCAAGCCUUCCUCUUCUUCUACCUCCUCUUCCUCCACCUCUACCGGUCACUACAGAACCCCCGUUUCUAAAAUCUCUUCUAAGUUCCUCGCUGCUGAUACUAAAUCUAAAACCACUGCUCAGCUGAAGGGAAAGAAGGGAACAGGGCCCAAUGGGAUGGCGUCCAAACAGAAGGCCGAGCCAAAGAACCAGCCCAAGAAGAAUGGAGUCAACGGGACGAAUGGGACGGCUUCUCUGAAACGCAACGGCUCCGAUGCAGAGCAGUGCAAGUACGGGAAGAACCGAGUGGAGGCCGACGCCAAGCGGCUGCAGGCCAAGGAGGAUGAGCUGAUGAAGAAGAAGCAGGAGAUCAGGAACCAUCUGACCCAGCUGAAGAAGGAGAGGAGAGACCUGCGCUCUGCAGUGGAAGCUGCUGCUGGCAAACGUUCACACGCCUCGCUGUCGGAGCGACUGAAGAAGGUGGAGGAGGACUGCAGGAAGAGGGAGGAGGAGCGGGUGAACCUGGAACUGGAGUCGACGGAGGUGAAGGAGAGCCUGAAGAAAGCCCUGAGCGGCGGGGUCACCCUGGGCCUCACCAUCGAACCAAAAGCUGGCUCCUCUGUAGUCCAGUCACCGGCGAUGUUGCGACGGACCCAGGAGUCUUCUCCCUUCUCCAGCUGCGACACCAGUGACACGGAGUCCUGCUCCCUGCCGGUCAACAGCGCGUCACUGCUCCGCCGGCAUCAGGGCGGCCAGAAGCCCUCGCCGGUCCGGGGACACGUCCUCAGGAAGGCCAAGGAAUGGGAGCAGAAGAGCGGCACAUAAACCGCCCGACGCCUCACACCAGUCUUACUUUCAUUUCUUUUCUUUUUUUUUCUUUUUAUGAAAUUGUGUAUAUAUUUAUUUAAAAACUGUUCAUACAGUCCGAGAGUUUGUCGAGGAGCACACAAGCAUAGCAUUCAUAGGAACAAAACCAGUUGCUGCUUUUUCGUAUACUGUCAGUACCACAACGUACAGUAGCAACCCUUUUUUAAACUGUGUCACAUUGAGCAUGCUUAGUGGACUGAGUUGUGCAACUUGUGUUGUCUCGCUCUACUUUCUUUUUCCAGCAAUCACCUUUUAUUUGUUCUUUCAAAUCUGUUCCAGCAGAUUGAUAGUUUGGGUUUCAAAAAAAGGUCAAAGGUCAAAACCAAGUAUUUAUUUGUAAAUGUUUAGACGAAAUACUAGCUUCCCUUUGUUUAUUUAUGUUGAUAUAUUUAAAGUUCUUUUUUGUUGAAUUUGUGGCGCUCCACGCAAUCCCAUCCCCUACACCGUCGAUAAUCAGAACACACACCAGCGUGAGUAGCAAUGCAGCUCCUCUCUCAGGGCUAUUUCAAGAAGCAGAACUAUUCUCAAGAUCUCUUAAACUCAUGUUCAACUAAAGAGGACUGGUUUAUGCAAAGUUGCAGAAAAUUAAACUUUUUUUUUAAUUAAAAAUCACCCAUUGAGACUGUAAUACAUAACAUCCCAUUAAUAAACAUGGCUUUCAUUGUUUUACUCACGGUUAGGACAGUUUAAGGCCAUUUUUACACACCUGAAGUGAUUAAUUAUUGAAUUAAUACAUUAUGAAAAUAGGUUUUGUUAACUGUAGCUGUUAACUUUUACACUUCCAGUCCAUGUUUUCUGUAUCUGAAGGGGGUGCCUGAAGCGUAGAAUAUCAUUUUUGGAGUAUGAACACGCCGUUGUUGCCUUCUUGCUUUUAGGCCGUUUGUUCACACAAAUACAUGAGCGGCUCUACGGCUUGUAGAAACUCAAAUAUGGACAUCUUUCUUGAUCGUCGUAAAUAAGUCAGCAACUCCGAGUAACAGCUAGCGUAGCUUCCGUGCCGACUGAAAAUGAUAUUGGUGAGACGGAUAUGUCACUCUACACUCUUAGAAAUAAGGGUUCCAAAAGGGCUCUUCUCAAAGGGUUACGGUUCUACCGGAACCAUUUGAACUAUUUCUUUUGAAGAAAGGUUUUUUUUUUGUAAGACUAAGGGUUUCCAUUAAGAAACCUUUUCAUCCAAAGAUAGUUGGAAGCAUGGGCGUCAAAAGAUCCUCUCAGCCACACCCCUCCAAAAACUGUGAUUGUGAACCAUGAUUGUUGUGGCACCACAUUAGCCAAACCGAGCCAUUGGGGACAUUUGGUCGCUUUCUCUUUGACGGGCUCCGGGCUGGUCCCUGCUGCUCAGGAAGGAUGGCCCUGCCUCCUCCACGUGUUCCUAUCAAAAGAAGUGAAAGUCAUUCAAAACAAAUAGACACCCCAAUAUCCAAAAGCAGCUGUGAUCCCUCCGCUCCCUUAAAGGGACUAUUUGUAAUUUUCAGAAAUGCUUGUUAACAGCGACACCUGUGGCCGUUAAGUCAACGAACGUCAGCGUCGGGCUCGAGCUUGCUCGCUCUAAAUAGACAUGAACGA